AUGGCGUUGCGCCCGCGAGCUUCCUCUCAGCCUGGAAAGCUUUCUUUCUUCCAAAGUCCCAAGGUAACUUCAGCCCGUCGGCUACGUGCUGCUACCUCAUUGUCUCUGCUGGAAGAAGAGCUCUCGUGUACCAUUUGCUGUGAGAUAUUCAAGGAUCCCGUGGUGCUUAAGUGCAGCCACAGCUUCUGCCAGGCCUGUCUACAGCAGUUCUGGAGCAAGAAGGCCAAAUGUGAGUGUCCCAUCUGCAGGAGAAAGUGCUCUCUGACAGAACCCACAGUCAACCUGGCCCUGAAGAAUGUGGCCGACACCUUUGUUAGAGAGCAGAAGCACAAGGCAGGUACAGUGGGGCCAGGGGCCAGAGGGGUGACAGAGGAAACAGGGAGGGCAGAGGUGAAGUGCACCACACAUGGAGAUGUUCUCAAACUCUUCUGCCUGGAUGACUUUGAAGCCCUGUGCUGCAUCUGUCACACCUCCAACAAACACCAGGGACACCAAGUGUGUCCCUUGGAGGAAGGAGCUCAGAGCCUCAAGACAGAGCUCAAGAAAGAUCUGAUUCCCCUGAAGAAAAGCCUGCGUUGCCUGUAUGAAGCCAAGGAGGAGUGUGAUGACAUGACUGUGCACAUCAAGAACCAGACUCAGGCCACAGAGAAACACAUCAAGGAGGCGUUUGAGAAGCUCCGUGAGUUUCUGCAGCAGGACGAGGCCACGCGACUGGCCACUCUGCAGCGGGAGUAUGAGGAGAAGAAAGAGCUGGUGAAGAAGAAGACCGAGAGCAUCACCAGAGACAUCUUUGCCUUAUCUCAGACUGUUGUUGCCACUGAGAAUGACCUAGCAUCCAGUGAUGUCCUCUUCCUCCAGAAUUAUGCCAACACAAAGAAAAGAGCACAGAUCCCGCAGAAGGAUCCAGAAAAAGUGCCAGGAGCUCUUAUAAAUGUGGCCGAGCAUGUCAGCUCCCUCAAGUACCACGUGUGGGAGAAGAUGGUGGAGCUGGUCCAGUAUACACCCAUUACCCUGGACCCCAACACUGCCUAUCCCUGGUUGUCCCUCUCCACAGACCUGACCAGUGUGGCAAAUAGUGGGUCCCUGCAGCAGCUCCCAGACAAUCCUGAACGUUUUGGCCAUUUUGUGUUUGUGCUGGGUUCAGAGGGCUUCACUUCGGGCUGCCAUGCGUGGGAGGUGGAGGUUGGCGAAAAGGUGGACUGGAUGCUUGGGGUGGUCAAAGAGUCCACUGACAGGAAAGGCCGCAUCUCGGGCUGUCCCCAAGGCGGCUUUUGGAUGAUCUCGUACAGUGAGGGUGAGUACUCGGCCAUGACGAGGCCCAGCACCCCGCUGCACCUGGAGGGGAAGCUGACCAGAGUCAGGGUGCAGCUGGACUAUGACUCUGGAGAAGUGAUCUUCUCCAACCCCAUCAGUAUGACACCAAUCUACACCUUCACUGACUUCUUCACUGAGAAGAUGUACCCCUUCUUCUGCCCCGGAGCCAACAUUAACGGGAAUAACCCCAAACCCCUUAAGAUCUGCCCAGCCAAAGUGGCUGUGUGGAACAGUGUGACUUGGUGAUUUGAAAAACCUUC